UUCAUCAUCAAUAGAAUAAUUAGGGUUUCGAACUUCCUCCAAAUAAAAGGGCCAAAGCUUCUUUUCUUCCUUUCCUCCACAAAAAAAAAAAAAUCCUAUUCGGAGCCGCAGCUUCUUCUUAGCCUCGGAGAUGGCGAAGUCAAAGAAUCACACCGCUCACAACCAAUCUUACAAGGCUCACAAGAAUGGCAUCAAGAAACCCAAGAGGCAUCGCCACACUUCCACCAAAGGGAUGGAUCCAAAGUUCUUGAGGAACCAGAGGUAUGCAAGGAAGCACAACAAGAAAAACGGAGAGUCUGCCAAUGAAGAAUAGUGAACUUUUAGUGGCAU